UGUUAAAGCGCUCUCCAUCUCUCUCGUCUUCUCUCUCUCUCUCUCCUAAGAACCUAUUGGGUGUGUCGUCGCUUUCAAUCCUAAAGCACUCUCAAUCUCUCUCUCCUCCGUUUCUUCUCUUUCUCUCUCUAAUUUUCGCAGCCAUGAACCACUUCAUUCAGCCAAGAAAUGCAAUCUUAAGGGAGAGGACGGUCAAGUGUCCGGCCUCGCCCAACCCUAGCACAGCCAAACCCUGGCAGUCGCGGAAGCAGAGGGGCUCCGAGGAGAACGCUCCGCCGUCGGAUCCGAUCUCAUUGCCCCCGAUUCCGAAGCACUCACAAGCGAUCUCCUCCGCCAAGUUGAAGGGCCCGCUCCCGUCACGACCGCCGUCUUCGAACCCUCUCAAGAGAAAGCUGAGCAUGGAGACGGCUCUCGAGAACUCCGUAAUUGGAACCUGCGAAUCUGGUGUCCAGGGAUCUGAAGUAAGAAAAUGGGGCUGACAUUCACGAAGCUUUUCAGCCGGCUUUUUGCAAAGAAUAGAGAUUCGCAUCUCUAAUGCUUGGUCUUGAUGCAGCUGGUAAGACCACCAUUCUCUACAAUCUCAAGCUUGAUGAGAUCGUCACAAGAAUUCCUACCAUUGGGGUUACGAAGAGGCAACAUUCAUUAUCAGAAAAUGUCAAGAGAAGAUUCUCAAAUAUUAGUUGUGCAAAUGAGUCAAGGUUACCUUCUCCAAAAUGUGGUAAUGUUAAAUGCUUCCUCAACAUGGUUGGCUAAAGUUUGCCAUGGGAAAGGGUCCCUUAAAAAGAUCAGGGUUAGAUUUUCAAAAAAAAAAGGGCUUUAUUUGCUGGGUGUUUUCAAGAAACUCUGCAAGUUGAUUUCUGGGUCGGCCAUAUUUCGGACUCUUUCAUUCUCAUGUCAAGAUCUUUGUUUCAUGAAACAGGUUUUCCUUUUGAAAAUGUGGAUUCUGGCUUCAACUUGA